AUGUCGUCAAUUAAGAAAUGGCUCUCGAGGACGGAUAAGUUCGGAAAACAGCGAUCAGAGAAAUCAGAAAAGCCAUCAAGUGGAGUGAAGGAGGUGGAAAAGGACACGAAGGACGCAAAAAAUCAAGAAAAGGCAGAUUCGCUGGUCUCCGCAGGCGAUAAACUUUUGCAUGCGGUGUUGCCCGGUGAAAGCUCCAAAACCUUGGUUUCACAGGAUGCGGUGGACUUACCAGGGGAAACAACAAACGCUCAUUUCGAUAAGGACACGGUCAUCGACGAUGGCGCAACAGGGUCUCCAAGUGCCCUUAGUGACACUGUUAGUAUAAAGUCCGAUUUUGAACGGUUCUCGUUGGUAAGGCCUCAGAUCACCCCGCUCAUGCCCUUCGGAGAUGGCUCAAACAAGGUUUUUGGGUACGAAAAUUUCGGCAAUACCUGCUACUGCAACUCAGUGUUGCAAGUGAUGUACAAUUUACCGGAGUUGCGCAAUCAUAUUUUGGAAUUUCCAGCUCGCAGCGUGGGUGCUUCCAGAAAACGCAAAUUCGAAAUGCCUGGCCUGAAACCUCGCAUUUUCGAUGACACAAGCUUCUUGCCUCAAUGCAACACCACUGACUCAUCCAAGAAAUCCAACGGUGGUGGUGGUGGCGGAUGUAACAGCAAUAGUCAGAACUCCAGCAAAGACACGGGAUCCCGCAAGAGUUCAGCACCGCAUUCCAGAGACAGAGAUAACUACAGAUCUUCCACAACUUCAAGAAAUCAUAGAUCGCAUAGUUCAGCUACAGUUCACGGUACCGUUAUGGCUGCGGACGCCAUAACAGAAAAAUUGCACGAGGGUUACACGAGGAUUGUGGUGGGACGCGUAGCCGGCAAAAACGGGAAGACUAAACACUCACAGUCCAGCGGCUGUGUUUCGAACUCCUCAGCACCGUCUUCGGCUUCGUCAUCGUCGUUCGGUUCAUCUGCCAAGCCUAUGGAAACAUCGAGCGAAGAGCGCAAAAAGGCGGCGCUUAUAAGAGGACCAGUGCUGAACAUAGACCACAACCUGAAGGAUUAUCUGGCACCUAAUGAGAAACCCGGCUUGUACACCUCACUGAAAGAUGUUUACGAGAGCAUAGCGGAGAAUCGAUGUUUUACAGGAGUUGUGUCUCCUAUUCAGUUUGUCGAGACUUUGAAGCGCGAAAAUGUGUUGUUCAGUACCAUGAUGCAUCAAGAUGCACACGAGUUUUUGAACUAUUUGUUGAACGAAAUCAGCGACUACACGAACACGCAUCAUGAACAGGGGAAUGAAGAGGAAAUGUCUGGUCAAACCGGCAACUUCGUGGAUGACCUAUUCAAAGGAACGCUUACGAAUAGAACCAAAUGUCUUACCUGCGAUAAUGAGACCUUCCGCAAUGAGCCAUUUUUGGAUUUCGCUAUAGAAGUGAAGAAUGACGAAGAGACGGACAUACAGACCACAUUGUCUGACUAUCAUCACAGGGAAAUGCUUAAUGGAGCAAACAAAUUUUACUGUGAUGAAUGUUGUGGGCUCCAAGAGGCCGAGAGGGUCGUUGGAUUGAAAAAAUUGCCAUUUUAUUUGUCUCUGCAUAUGAAACGAUUCAAGUAUUCGGAGGAACAGAACUGCAAUACAAAACUUUUCAAUAAAAUCCAUUAUCCAUUGAAUUUGACAGUAUGCUCCACGUUUGACUCUUCGGUGUGCAAGCGAUAUGAGUUGAUUGGUCUGGUGGUACACAUGGGUGGUGGGCCACACCACGGCCACUACGUGUCCUUAUGCAAGACGGACAAGUUUGGUUGGUUAUUGUUUGACGAUGAGACAGUCGAAACAGUGGAAGAAUCGACGGUGCUCAAGUUUGUCGGAAAUUCAGAUGAUCUCACCACGGCGUACCUUUUAUUUUAUAGAGAGGUCACGGAUUUCCGCGAAGAAUCAGAUAAACCUGAGAAACGACAAGUAUAUACGGAGGGUGUCGACCAACUUAUCAAGCUGGAUGAGUUAACCAGAGAUCACCUGGACCAGAAUGGUGAACUGGAGGGCGUGCCUGAAGAACGCUUAUCGAGCAAAACCGACUCCAAGGCUUCAAAAAGACGAUCGAGACUGUUCAGUUUCAGGCGAUCAACCAAAGACUGA